CUCCCAAUAGCGCUCCAUCGACUCCUCACUCUUCGCUUCUGUUUUAAGUCUCUCAUUUCCUCUGCGCAGAAUCAUCGAUCUCCAUAUGGCCUCCGAGGAUCUCUCCGCCGUUUCCAACGCCGAUGACGAAAACUAUGGAUUCCGACGACAAGAGAUGUAUCAGAGCGACCUCGCCGGCACCGUCAACGCUUAUGACCGGCACGUUUUUCUUUGCUAUGAGAGUCCGGAGUCCUGGCCCUCCAAUUUCGAAAAAUCUGACUCCGACGUCCUCCCUAAGCUGCUCUCUGCGGCUCUCAAGGAUCGCAAGGAUGAUAUCUCUGGGAAGACGAAGCUGACAGUAUUCGCGGGUCGUGAAGAAACUGGAUUUUCGGAUGGAGAUGUGUUGAUUUUCCCCGAAAUGGUUAAAUACAGGGGUUUAAAAGAAUCAGAUGUGGAUGGCUUUGUCGAUGAUGUGCUUGUGAAUGAUAAACCAUGGGCAUCCGGAGUGCAAGAGGUUUUGACUGGCUCUCAUGUGUUUGUGUGUGUUCAUGCUAGUCGAGAUCGCAGAUGUGGUGUCUGUGGACCCAUUCUUGUUCAUAAGUUUGAUGAGGAGAUUGAGUUGCGAGGACUAAAGGAUCAGGUUUUGGUUAGUCCAUGUUCACAUGUUGGAGGACACAAGUAUGCCGGAAACUUGAUCAUAUACCAACAUGGUGUGGAUGGGAAAACUACAGGUCAUUGGUACGGAUAUGUAACUCCUGAAGAUGUGCCUGGAUUGCUUGAACAGCACAUUGCCAAGGGCGAGGUUGUGGAAAGGCUUUUGAGAGGGCAAAUGGGCGCAAGUCCUGAGGAAGGCAAGAAGGCAGGUGAACAAAAUCUUCCAAAUGGAGAAGAUACAAAGAAAAGCAAGGUUGAAAUUCAAGAGAAUGGGGAUCAAAGCAAAGUUGAAAAAACAGCAGGUUGUUGCCAGGGUAGUAAUGGAUUCACUUGUUGCAGAGAUGAGACUUCUGGUUCUGGGAAAAAUAUCAUAAUCGAAGAAAAUUCGAAAGAAGCUUCAGAAGAUCAGGUACCGAAGAAGGCGAGUAAAUCAUGUUGUUGGGCAGGAAAAUGGGAACAAAGUGAAAUUCUUGCUGCUGUUGCGAUUGUUGGAGCUGUGGCCACUGUUGCUGUUGCCUAUAGCUUCUACAGGAGAUCAUCAGGUUAAAAUAUCAAUGAUAUGUUUGUGUUUGCUCAUAAAAAUUGUCCCUUACACUGUUUUUUUGGUGGGAGAUUUGGUUAUAUUGGUAAAGAUGAUGCACUUUUGCUGAAUUAGAUCUCUAUAGAUAGUAAUGAUAUAACAGGAUUGUUUGAGCAAAAACUAGGGUCGAUUUUCUUCUAGCUCUAUGAUUUUAGGCACACAACAAUUAUUUGUUUCGAUACGCAUGCAAAUGAUGAAUAACAUAAUGUUGGAUGAUUGGUGUUCA